CCCCAUCGCUGUGUGCCAGUGUCGGUGGGCGGAGCCUCCCGUUAUGUGUCAGUGUUGCCAGCAGACCUGUGCGAAACAAAAGCUCUUCUCUCCCCACGUUUAACGCCUUCAAAGCACGUCUUAGAGCUGUUUCAGUCGUAAAGCUGUCAGAGGAAACAAGGAGUUACGCGGCAGAGUCGCAGAUUAUACAGGAUUACAGCAGCCCUUAGACAAAGUUGGGCUCUGUUGUCUUGGCUUUGGUGGCAAGAGCAGGAGUGGCUUGGUCCUAAAGCAGCUCUCCAGAUCAGAUUUCACCCAAACCAGCUGUGAGAGGGAGCUUUGCCUUUUCUCCCCUCUCUCCCUCCCUCCAUGUUGUAAGCGCGCUCCAGACAUCCAGAAAGCGAAAGGGGGAGUGACGGCGAGAGUUUCUGAAGGAAUUUUCCCUCUCCUAGGGAAGAAUUGAAAAAGUCACCAGAGUCUAGAGAACAGCGGCGAGGAUGGAUGAUCAGCCCCGGUUGAUGCACUCCUCUCACGGGGUGGGCAUGGCCGGACACCCCGGCCUGGCGCAGCAUAUGCAGGAUGGCACGGGAGGAGCGGACGGCGAGGGAAGAAAACAGGACAUUGGAGACAUAUUACAACAAAUCAUGACCAUAACCGACCAAAGUCUGGACGAGGCACAGGCCAGGAAACAUGCACUGAACUGUCACAGAAUGAAGCCGGCUCUAUUCAAUGUCCUGUGUGAAAUAAAAGAAAAAACAGUACUCAGUAUCCGUGGAGCUCAGGAGGAGGAGCCACCAGAUGCUCAACUCAUGCGAUUGGACAACAUGCUGCUAGCCGAGGGCGUGUCCGGUCCCGAGAAAGGGGGCGGGUCGGCUGCCGCUGCCGCCGCCGCCGCUGCAACAGGUGGUUCCGGGUCCGAUAACUCGGCCGAACACUCAGACUACCGGGCCAAGCUGACCCAGAUCCGUCAGAUCUACCACACAGAAUUGGAGAAGUAUGAGCAGGCGUGUAACGAGUUCACCACCCACGUGAUGAACCUGCUGAGGGAGCAGUCUCGCACUCGGCCCAUCUCCCCCAAAGAGAUCGAGCGCAUGGUGAACAUCAUCCAUCGCAAGUUCAGCUCCAUCCAGAUGCAGCUCAAGCAGAGCACCUGCGAGGCGGUCAUGAUCCUGCGCUCCCGCUUCCUCGACGCCAGACGAAAAAGGAGAAACUUCAAUAAGCAGGCCACAGAGAUCCUGAACGAAUACUUCUACUCCCACCUAAGCAACCCGUACCCCAGCGAAGAGGCCAAGGAGGAGCUGGCAAAGAAAUGCUCCAUUACAGUCUCACAGGUAUCUAACUGGUUUGGAAAUAAGAGAAUUAGAUACAAGAAAAAUAUUGGAAAAUUCCAAGAAGAAGCCAACAUGUACGCUGCCAGAACCGCCGCUACCGCAACCAACGUCUCCACCCACGGCAGCCAAGCCAACUCGCCUUCCACACCAAAUUCAGCUGGUUCCGCUGGCUCUUUUAAUAUGAACUCCGGGGACUUGUUCAUGAGUGUGCAGUCUCUGAAUGGGGACUCAUACCAGGGGGCCCAAGUGGGGGCCAACGUUCAGUCACAGGUGGAUACUCUUCGCCAUGUUAUCAGUCAGACAGGCGGAUACAGUGAAAGCCUCGCUGCCAGUCAGAUAUACAGUCCACAGGGCCUCAAUGCGAACGGCGGCUGGCAAGACGCCCCGACACCCUCCUCAGUGACCUCGCCCACGGAAGGACCCGGGAGUGUCCAUUCCGACACUUCCAACUGAUCAUCCAUCCCCAAAAGCGUGUGGGAUCUUCAGACUGCUCUCGCUAAAAAUCCAGCGAUCCACCCUCCGCAGAUUCGGAUUAACGUCCCACCCACGUGGUCAUACACAAUCAUGCCAUACCGCCAUGGAACAUUUGGGAUACUUUACAAGAUUUUAGAAAACAAUUAUGAAUUUGAAAAUUUUAAAAAGGAAAAGGAAAAAAAAAAAGUUGUGUUUGUACAGUUUUCACAGUGUCUUUUAGGUGGCACAGGGCGACUAACUAACCUGUGACUGUUUCAGUCUUAAGAGGCUAUUGUUUAUGAUGGAACAACCAGUUGUCGUGUUUCAAUUUAAAUGCUUCAUUCUACCUCUCAGCAAAAAAGAAAAAUGAGAAGAAAAAAAAACAGAUAUCACUUGAUAUUGUGCUUGGAAGAAAGCUCUUCUUAUCGGUACGAUCAAUUGCCUCUUGUUCGUUCAAUAAUGAUAUAUUGACUAUUUUGUUGGUUUUGUUGUUUAUUUUCCAAAAUCCAUCUAUUUCCUUUGACAAUUUUUGCCCUAUAACAGAUUUUUCUUCUAAAUCUGUGUGUAAAACGUGAAACAGGAUAUGUGGAGGUCAGUCCAUUGACCAGUUGAAAGCUGAUUAUCAUGUUUCCCCCAUAAAACCAUCAAAUGCUGUCCAUUAGAUAAAGGUAAAUGCUUACUUUUAUCGUAGAGAGCAGUCCAAACAACUCUGCCGUCGUAGAUUUCAUUUGGAGUCAUUUCCUCACUCUGUUUGUUUUUGAGGACACCGUCUGCGAGUCGAUGAAAAUAUAACUGAUUCCGGAAAUGGCGGAAGCAUCAAGUCAUUAUGGUCUAUAAUGACAUUUCCUCCCCGCUUUCACUUCAGAUUGCUUUCAAACGCUCCCUUAUUCCCUUUCUCCCUUAAGUGAAGGAAUUUGACAUAAAGAGCAAUAUCUUUGUUUGGUUUAUACAAACAGGUGUUCCUUUCUACCCCGAAUCAUGGACAAAAGCAAGCACUAAUGCUCUUUAUCAUUUUAUUAGUUUUAGUAUGCUCCCUUUUUAAAAUGAUCAUUUCUUAUUAUGUUCCGUUGCCUAGCAAAAAAAUUGAGGAUUUCAUCAAAAGGCCACGCCAUAACAAAUGCGAUCCUGACGUCUUGAUGAUUAUAUAACUUUUCUCUGUAAUUUCAAGUAUGAGAGCCAACUGUGAGUGUACAGUUUUAGAAACAUGCUAUGUACAUUUAACAUUACAGCUGAGUGUUGCUGGUAACCAAAAUUUGUUGUGUAAACAAUGUAAAAGAAUAUGAAAUAUCAUGCCCAUAGCUGUUUAAACAUAUUGAGCUUUUCUCAGUUUUCGGUACCUGAUUUCUCAUGUCUUCUCAUUUCCUUUGGCCAAUUUUGUAUUGCCGAAGCCACUGUUUCCAUUGUGAAAUCAUGACUGAUGUAGCGCUUCUGCCUAAUUAAAAAAAAAGAGAGAUAUCUUGAAGAAUUCAAUAGUUAACUAAUUUUUGUUGAAAAUAUAUCCCUGUCUGUCAGGGCUCCGGGUAAUGAAGUUUGUUUUGCAGUACAUUGAAUCAGAAUCCAUUUAAAUGGGGAAGUCAUUAAGUUAAUAAGAUUUGGACAUUUCGACGGUCACUCUUAGCUGUGUUGAUGCAGGUAAAGUGCCGCACAACCAUUCAGUCGAUGUGGACCCUUUUGCCCCCGAACCCAGAAAUCAGUUCCAAAACCCUGACCUGAGGCCAGUUGAUCAUCUCUGCUCUGAUGUAUAACGUAUAUGACUCAAAUAGCAUAUCACCCCCCGUUGAUUUGUGCUCUCUAACAUGUGUUCUACCAAAAACAUUGCCAAAAAGGAAGAAGCUCCACAUCUUUAAUGGAUUUUUUGGGGGGAAAUGUUUGGGAAUGUUCAUAUCUAUUCACAAAACCAAAAAUGUAAAAAAAAAAAAAAACUGAAAGUAGCUUAUGUAUGUAUAAGAAACAGAAAUAUGUGACCGAUAUUUCAUUGCCUUUGCCUUCAAGAAUGGCUUUGAUGAUUCUUUUUCUUCCUUUUGUUUCUUGUUUUUAGCUUUUGUUUAGCUCUCAUUUUCAAGGCAUUCUUGAACACCGUUUUUUUUUUAAUAGUUUGAAGGUAAUCAUGCUAAUCCAUAUGGAAAUUCAAACAUCUGUUAUUUGAAUGACAUACUUUUGACACAUAAGAUCACAAAUUCUAGUUUGCUGAUGGUUGCCAUUGUGAAAAUGUAUAUAUAUUUUGUGAAAUAGACUUGACCGCACUUGCUAUAAAUGCAUUAUUAGACUUCACGAUUAUGUACCAUAUGAAGCAUUGGAGGCCAGACUAUUGUGUUUGGGUUUCCGCCACAAUUCCCACAAACUUUGUCUCAAAAUUGACAUGAUUAUCAUCAAUAAAUGUUGUAUUGCUCACUGAA